ACCUGGCCUUCAGAGUUCACUUCCCUAGGUAACGGCGGGACGUGUUAGUACCCGCGAUUUGAACCUAACUAUGGCUCCCCACGUGUUCCAUGGGUUCCUGGCCUCUGCCUUCUUCAUCGUCUUGGCCUCGGCUGGACUUUGGCGAGAUGAUGCCAAGGCCAAAGUCUAUUCAGUCUACGAAGAAUCUAGCUACGAAUCGAGUUACGAAAAUCCUCCUCCGGAUUAUCCUCGUGUGGACACGACAGUGUAUCCGGACUUCCAGGACGGUUCAAUGACUGGCAACGCCCAAUCGACGUACAAACGGGUCAAAGGGCCCAAACUUCGCUCCGGUAAAUUCGGUUACAAUCUGGCCCAGCAUCAGACUCCGUGGCUGGAAUAUGAGAAGGACCGGAAUUCCAAGUCCAGCGUGUUCUUCCCGGGAAAUCGUUGCCAAGAAGGACGGGUUUGCCAGUCGAGCGACGUGCCCUAUCGAAGCGUUGAUGGGAGCUGUAAUAAUAUGGAACAUCCGAGCUUCGGACAAGCCGGAUUACCUUACAGAAGACUCUUGCCCAAAAAACGCAGCUUGGUCGAUUGUGGGAAACACACGGAUUUGCCCAAUCCACGGCAAAUCAGUCAAGAGUUGAUCGAGAGGGGAGAAUAUGACAGGAACUCAAAGGUGAGCAUGAUGACCAUGGCGUGGGGACAAGUCAUCGAUCAUGAUAUCGAAAUCACGCCGGUCCGAGAAACUGCCCCUGGCGAAUUUCUAGAUUGUUGCCAGCCCCAGAACUUGGACAAUCCUGAUUGCUGCCCUAUCGCAACUCCCAUGAAUGACAAAUUCUAUGGCCGCGAGGGACGUCCCAGAUGCAUGCCUUUCCUACGUUCCAAGCUUGCCAAACCCGCCAAUGAACAUUGCGACCAACAACCCGAUGCCGAAAACUCGAACACCGCAUUCAUUGAUGCAUCGUUCGUUUAUGGCUCUGAUCAAGAGCGUGUCAAAUCUGUUCGUAGCUUCAAAGACGGCCUAUUGAGAACUUCUGUCGAUACCCGUGGACGUUUUUUCCCACCCAUCACUGUUGAAGGUCAGGUCAAGAUGGAGUUUGGCGAUACACGUGGAGAUGUUCAUCCGGCUUUCACCAUGCUAAGUACGGUGUUCUUGCGCAAUCACAACCGUCUGGCCAACGAACUCAAGAUGAUGCAUCCGCAUUGGGACGAUGAGAAAGUGUAUCAGGAAGCCCGGAAGAUCAAUAUCGCCAUCGUUCAACACAUCACCUACACGAACUUUAUGGAUGCCCUUUUGGGCGAGAAUACGGUCCGAUCCAGUCCUGUGGCCCUCCAUGAAGAUCGAUAUAAUCCGAAUGUGGAUGCUACAAUCUCAAUGGUGUUUUCUAGUGCUGCCUAUCGUCUUCACACCUAUAUCGCCGGGGCAUUCAUUUUAAGGAACGAGCGAUACGACGUGUCCAAUGUCAUGAGGCUUCGGGACGUGUUCCAUAAUCCGCUCCAUUUGUUAGCCAAUAACACCUACGACGAUAUGAUGCGAGGGCUUUGCACUCAAUCCCUGCAAGAUUUCAACAAUGUUUACUCGCACGAAAUGACGGAAUGGCUCUUCCCUGAGAAAGAAGAGAACUUCGGGCUUGAUAUCGUGUCCUUGAACAUUCAACGUGGACGAGAUCACAUGAUUCCCGGCUAUGCCUCCUACAGGGAGUUCUGCGGCUUGGGCGAGUCCAAAACGUGGGAUAAGCUUUCCGAUUUCAUCCCGCAACCACUAGUCCACAAAUUAGCGAUGGUCUACAAACAACCCGAAGAAGUGGAUCUGUAUGUGGGUGGAAACAUGGAAAAACCUCACAUGGAUUCUCUUCUCGGGCCAACGAUGCAUUGUUUGGUCAAGGAACAAUUCGAGCGCCUGAGAACCGGAGAUCGGUUUUUCUACACAAAUCCAGGCCAGUUCACUCAUGAUCAAUUGAAGACCAUCAAGACCCAGACCUUGGCCCGGGUGUUGUGCGACAAUGCCGACGUACAUAGCGACCUGUUCUUGCCCAAGAACAUGUUCCACAUCCCUCAUGCCAAGACGAAUCGCGGCUUUAAUUGCAUGGAUCAUAUGCAUCACCCACCAUUGAACCUACACGCCUGGCAAUAGGAUCCGACAAACCCUUUUAUGAAAGAAUGAACGCAUUGGUUUUACUCGUUUUUAAUGCAUUUGAAUUACCUAAACACUAAGGAUCAAUAAAGUAAUACUAGUUAUGAACACUA